GUCCACCUUCAAUUCCCUUCCUUUCACACACUCCCCAUCCAACAUGGCUAUGGCUAUCCAUCUUCCCUCCUUUUAAUGCUGCUCUGCCACUGCCACUGCCACCUCUCUCUCACCUAAAUAAUAUCAUCACAUCUAAUUCACACACCCACCCUUUUAAAUCUCUCAUUUACAUCUUGGAUCUUCACCAAAAACUGUACAAAUGGCUCCACUCCCUCCAACCAGAGGCCUCUUUAAGGUACUGUCAGUACUUCUCCUUCUUCUGCUCUCAUUCCUUUCUCAGGUCCAUUGUUAUAGCAGCACUGAAUUCAGUACUGUAAGAAGAAUAUUGGAGGUUGAUGAGGAUGAUAAUAAUGAAGAUCACCACCCUGCAGCUUUCAAGAUCAAGAAAAAAACCACUCCAAACUCCUCGCUUUCUCCCAAGAACAAAACCAAGAUCCUUAAACCUAGUACUUCUUCCUCUCCCAAGAACCAAACUAAGAUUCUCAAGUCUGGGUCUGGGUUUGGAUUACCCAAGAACCUAACUAAUAAGGUUCUUAAGACUGGGUCUGGGUUUGGAUCAGCCAAAAACCAGACCAAACUCAAGCUUUCUUCUUCUUCACUCUCCCUUAAGAACAAAACCAAGCUUCUAAAACCUAUUUCAGAGUCUUCUAAGGUUUCCCAGAAGAAUCAGUUCAAGAAGCUGAAUUCUACCUCCAAUUCAUUGAAAUUGAAAGCCUCAAAUUCAACCAAAACCACCAAGAAAUCCUCAGAUCUAACCAAGCUUAGCUCUUCCUCCUCUUCUUCUUCUUCUUCCAAGAACAAAACCAGUAAUGCUGCUGUUCAAGCAAAAGAAAAGCCCAAAUCCGAGCUAGAAAAGAAGGAAUUGACCAAAAUCCAAGACCCCAAAUCACAAUCCACCAAGAAAACCACCAAACCCUACUGGAUUGACGAUGAACAAGACGACUUGAUUUCCGAAUUCAGAGAAAUGCCGUCCAAAUUCCAGCAAACGCUUUUGCCGGAUUUGGAGAGAAUCUCCAAAACCUCAAAAGUUUACCUCAACAGAGCCAACAAACAAAUCACCAAUAACUUCAAACCCUUAGUGGGCAACAAAUACGCCCCCACAGUCGCCUCUUUCAUCUCCUUCGCCUUCAUCUUCAUCCCUCUCAUCUUCGUCUCCCUCAUCUUCAACCGCUUCAAAGCCUAUUUCUCCCUCCAAAAACUCCUCAUUUUCGUCCAGAUUUACCUCGCCAUUUACUUCUCCAUCCUCUGCCUCUCCUCGCUCGUCACAGGGCUCGAGCCGCUCAAGUUUUUCUACGCUACGUCGCAGUCCACCUACGUUUGCAUACAGCUCCUCCAAACCCUCGCUUACGUGUUGUACCUCCUGAUGCUCCUGAUGUACCUUGUGCUUGUUUUCUCUACCGACACUGGGCCCUCCACGAGGAUGAUUGGGCUGGCCCAGACCAUCGUGGGCUUUGCGGUUGGGCUUCAUUACUACAUGGCGGUGUUCCAUAGGGCGGUGUUGCGCCAACCGCCUAAGACUAGCUGGAGGGUCCACGCGCUUUACGCCGCGUGUUUUCUACUCAUUUGUUUGUUGACUCAGGCUGAAAGGAGGAAGAAAGCUUAUUUGGAAGAAGGUGGCGAGGAGGGGAAAAAGAACUAAAUACAUAUAUUUUUUGUGAUAAUUCUUUUUACUUGAAGGGCCAGAAAGAAAUGUAAGGUCAAGUUAUUAUAUUUUUGUUUAUUAUCUUUUUAGCAAAUUGUAAUUUAUUAUUAUUAUUAUUAUAAAUGGUAUUAAUAAAGGGUGCAAAGGAAACUGGAGUUUCGACCACUCUUAAUACUUUAUUCUUAUGAAA